AUGGCCAAUUCCAAACCCCUUAUGGUGAUCGCCAUUGAUAUCGGUACAACAUAUUCCGGCUACGCCUUCUCCUUCCAACACGAGUUUCUGGCUGAUAAACUCAAUAUUACAACCAACAAGGUUUGGUCAGAUGGGGACAACCACCUUCAGACCUCGUACAAAACCCCGACCUCUGUACUGAUAGACCCGUAUGGAGAUUUCCACAGUUUCGGAUAUGAAGCAGAGACAAAUUACUCGCAACUCGCCAAAAACAAGGAGGAGAAAAACUGGUUGUUAUUCCGUCGAUUUAAGAUGAACCUCUACAAAUCUGAGAUAAGUGAGACUAUGGAGCUGGAGUCAGUAUCCGGACAGCGGUUCAAUGCCCUCAGUGUAUUUGCCAUGUCAAUACUGUACCUUAAGGAGCAUUUCAGUCGAAGCCUUCGGCAGCAAGUGGCUGACUCGGAGAUCCAAUACGUGCUGACGGUACCUGCUAUCUGGGACGAGGAUGCCAAGCAGUUCAUGAGGAAAGCCGCUCUACAGUCUGGCAUACUUGGAGAUCAACUGGCUAUUGCACUGGAACCGGAAGCGGCCUCCAUUUUCUGUCAGUCCUUAUUAGCGAACAGUCGAUCCGAUGACGAAUUCUGUGACGCAGACGACAUCUCGCGGAAUGGAUCUCGAUACAUUGUUGUGGACGCUGGAGGUGGUACUGUGGACACCACAGUGCACGAGGUGAUGCUAAGCGGGGAUCUCAAAGAACUACACAAAGCCAGCGGGGGAGGUUGGGGCGGCACUCAGGUAGACGACCAGUUCACCGAACUGUUGCUCAAGAAUUUUUACCGUAAAGGCGAUAAGAUGAGAAUCAGCGGUAAAGUAAUGCAGUCGUUGAUGAAACCAACCAUUCAGAAAAUUAGCACUCAUGUAGAAACACUAAUGGCGGAUUCCAGGUGUAGAGGAAUUUCCCACAUCUUACUGGUGGGUGGGUUUUCUGAAUCGCCACUUCUCCAAGAGGAGUUCCGGAAGAACUUCCGGUCUGUGAAUGUGGUCACUCCACUGGACGCCGUCCUGUCUGUGGUGAAAGGGGCGGUGAUAUUCGGCCAUCGGGCCGGUGCCAUUGGAAUCCGUCUUGCAGCCUUUACUUACGGAAUUCGUAGCUUAUCCACUUUUGUUGAUGGGGAACAUGAUCCUGACAAGUUAAUUAUGAUUGAAGGUGAGAGGAAGUGCAAGGAUAUUUUUUACAGAUUUGUUUCUGUUGAUGAAGAAGUGCCAUAUGGUAUGGAAACUAGCGAACAUACCUUUUCUCCGACUUACUCUGGACAAACAAAAAUGAGGGUGGCAGUGUACAAAUUCACGGUGACCAAACCCAAAUAUACAACUGACCCUUCAUGUUUUAAGUUAGGUAGUUUCAGAGUAGACCUGCCGGAUUUGACGGGAGAGAAGAAGCGUAAAGUCGGAAUGAAGUUUAUAGUUGGUGGCACAGAGCUCAAGGUGAAAGCUCACGAGAAGACGACCGGGAAGAUUUUCGACGCUACCUUUAACUUUGUGACAAAGUAA